UGGAAACCGCUCUUGUCGCUUAGUCACCAAUCAUACUCGAGAUUCAUAUUUGACCGUUUGCGGUGAAUGCAAAUCGGUGAUUUUCCUAGUUAAUUUACAGUCUCUGGUCCGUGUCAUUCAAUAUUAAAUGAUAUAUGUUGUUCACUAAAGACCUAAGUUUAUCAUUCUUUUAUUUCGUCCAUUACACAUUUCGUAUUUCGCUUAAAUUCUAGGAAUUUGAUAGAGAGGCCUUCGACCACCGGCUCAAGAUGGCGGAUACAGCUAACAUGCUUGAUGUACAAGCAAAUCCGGAGCUAAGAUAUUUGAUCGUUGACAGAAAUUUUAUCAACGAUCCUUCCAAACAGGCAGAAUGGACAUCCAAAAAAUUGAUAUGGGUCCCCCAUGAAACGCAGGGCUUUGUUGCGGCGAGUAUUGUGUCCGAGAAAAAGGAUGAAUUAGAGGUGGAAGUUGCUGAAACCGGUAAACGAUGUGUUGUGAACAAAGACGAUAUUCAAAAGAUGAAUCCACCAAGAUUUAAUAAAGUAGAGGAUAUGGCAGAAUUAACUUGUUUGAACGAAGCAUCUGUCCUCUAUAAUUUAAAGGAUCGCUAUUAUUGUGGCCUCAUAUAUGUAAGUACGUUUAAAAAUCCUCUAGUUGUUAAAACUGCUGUUUCUAAUACUGACUGUUGAUGUAAAUAUCAUAUA